AUGCGGUUCCUCGCGCACGCGGUGGCCACCCUGGCCGCAGCCCCGAGCGCGGUACACGCCAAGGCGGCGCUGUUGCCCCGCGUGGUCCUGUCCGCCGUCGACGCAGCGACGCCGUUGUUCAGCCCGCCGGCCGACGUGCCCGUCGUCGCGGUCGGGGGCCAGGAUGCGGCCGCGUGGACGGUGCUGGUGGCAGGCCCCGGCGUCACGCAGACGGUGCCGGUGUCGGGCCCGGCCGUUACAAGUACGGUACUGGUGUCGGGCCCAACGAUUACACGUACGGUGGCCGGCUCGUCGGAUACAAUAACACGAACGGUGGCCGGCUCGGUGGAUACGAUGACGGCGUACCGCACCGUCGUGGCCAACACCACGGCCACGUGGCCCGAUCCCGACAGCAGCUUCGGCUUCUUCGUCGGCACGAAGACGGUGACAGCGCCCGCUGAAAUCGUGACCGCUGUCCUGGCUGUCACCAAGACCAAAGACGGCAGCAGCAGCCGCGACAACAGGCCCACCGCCGUCGCCAGCACGUCCGGGUCCUGGUGCUGCCUCGAGGGCUGGCGGCCCAAGGAGGAGUGGGUGGGCGACCGGCACAUGGUGGCGAACGUAUGGACCAGGGGCUGGGGCGACGAGCGCGACGGAUGCCAUAAGGGAAUGCUGGACAACCUGCACGGGCUGCGCGGCAGCCUGAACAUGUUCAGCUUCGUCACCGUCCGUGGCAGCAAGCCCGUCACCGACAUCAUCCGGCGCGCGUCGCCCAACGGCGCCGACGAGGGGGUCGAGUGCCGCCUGGGCUGCCCGCCCGAGCAGCUGUGGGACUGGACCAAGAGCGAGUGGCUAUAG